AAACAAUCUUGGUAGGGAUGGGGUCAACAAUAGAAGAUCCAGAGCUAAAAAUCAUGAUAAUAUUUUUUUAAAUGUUCAUGGGAAAGACUUCCUCCAUAUGGGUGCCUUCGAAAACAUUCUCCACUGCAGACAAAUCACAACAUUCCCAAAAGCUCUUUUUGAUUUUGUUCAAUUUGUCAGUGAAGAAAUUGCUCAGUUUAACUGCAGCGUGUUCGCUUCUCAUGUCAGGCAAAACAAGGGGUCCUGCUUUCUUCACGAGAACGCAAUUCACCACAGAGAACAUCUUGCGAGAGUCAGGACCUGCUGUCAUACUUAGUGACUGAACAUGCUCAGACUUGGUAUGCAAGAUUUGUUUCUUUCAGAAACAAUUUUUUUUUACUUCACGACCACUUCUUCUUCACGGCUUUUCAGCUAGACCUUUAAAAACGUGGUUUUCUGAACCGCGGUAGUGAACCAACUUAUUUGACGCUGGGUCAUAUGUAUUCAACAGAGAAGUGAGAGUCUGAUUGUAGGGGAUGAACAGUUGUUCAAUAAUGUCCCAAACACUUUUUAAGUAAGUAUCUCUUACUACAUAUUUAAAUUGAGAUGAUUUCAUUUUCCGACAAGUAAAAAAAUUACUUAACAAACGCAGUUGCGUAACAUUAAAAAUAAAAUUUGUGCAUUCAUCGGUAAUUAUAUUUUGCGCGCUAACCGUAAAUGUAAGCAGUCACACCACAAGCAAAAUAUAUACAAGAUACAUUUUAAAUUGCGAGUUUACUAAAGCCGUAAUUAAAACUUCCAAGGCCACCGCCAUCUUGAUGAAAACGUAUCUAUAUUGUUAUAGAGAGCUUGUUUACAUAAUUUUUCUCGUGCGUACCCUCUGAUUGACCCCGCAUGAGACGCUGUGUUCACAGAGGGGUGUGGCUUAGUCAUUUGAUCUAUUCGUGUUUAUGCCGCAAGCUACUAAAAAUAAUUAAUCUGUUCCAAGUGGUAUUUUGUCGAAUGAAUGUGAUUGUUCUAGAAACGUCAUACGUUUUCUGGAAGGCAGGGCUUACGCGACCUAUAUAAUUUGACAGGCAAGGGCGGAGGGACGGAGAUUCAGAUAGAUAUUAUUAACUUUACGAGGCGUGUAUUAUUCUUUGUUUAUUUGUGUGCUAUUACUCAUAUGUGUUUAUUUCGCACUUUAUCAUUAUUCAUUGGCACAUUAGUCAAACUGUAUUAACUGUGUACCGGUACAAGAUCUGCCAUACUGAAAGUUGAAGAUUGUCAUUAUAUUUUCUUUUCUUUUGUAAUUAUCUUAAGACUUAAUAAAUCUUAUUAAUUGUAACUAGAAACCUCUUUGGGUUUCGUAUCUUUAAUAUUGUUGACUCUAUGGUAUCGUCCUUUGUUAGGCAUUGCUUACAACAAGCCAAUUAAAAUUAAAAUAGGAGAUUAAUUUCUCCCAAUAUAAGACAGUGCGUAAAAAUAUCUUUCCAUUUUUGAGAUUAUAAGAAUUGAAUUUCAAAUAGAUUUUAUUUUUAAGAAGUUCGAUUUUCUGUUUAGUUUCGGCCGCACUAUUGUUUUAAUAAAAAAGAUCCAGAAGUUUUUUUGUUUUUUUUUAAAUGAAAAAUAUAUACAAUUUACAUUACUAAAUGUUUCCGAAAUUUCAACUUGAGCUAAAUUUAAACUUUGAGCAAAUUUGAGAUAGAAAUAAAAAAAAUUUAAUAUACUAGAUGGAUAUGACCAGAGUGUAUACUUAUUUAAAUAGUGUUGUCUGUAAUGUUAGCAUUACGAUAUAAAAGUGGGACUGGAGGAUAAUGUUUAGUUCACUUACCCGGCUUUUUGACGUCGGACCACAUCAUUCCCUUCAUUUGGUUCCAGCAUAACCAUGCCCAGGCCUACAAAAUCAAGUGGAAAAACGGAAAAGUACAAGUUAUAAAAUGAAUGCGAUGACAGACUGAUAUCGUAAAGAAUACAGAGAUAAGCUAACAUUUCAAGAGAUACAGCACUGGUUAAAGUGACGUGAAGAAAGAAAUAGUUAAAUCAAAAGAGAUACUGAUAAUCUGUUAAAUGACAGGGCAUCAGUGACUGGGCAAAUUUACAGGGCCUCACUGACGAGGAAAAUUCACAGGUCAUCAGUGACUGGACAAAGUAACAGGGCAUCAGUGACUGGGAAAAUUACAUGGCAUCAGUGAGUCGGGAAAAUUGACAAGCAAUCUGUGACAGGGCAUCAGUGACAGGAAAAAUGAAAGUAUAUCAAUGAUUGGAAAAAAUGACAGGUCAUCAGUGACAGUGCAAAUUUACAGGGCAUCAAUGAUUGGUCAAAGUGACAGACUAUCAGUUUGGGAAAAAUGACAGAGCAUUAGUGACUGGGACAACGUGAAAUGGCAUCAGUCAUUGGGCAAAGUGACAGGACAUCAAUGACGUAAACAAUGACGGGCCAUCAGUAACUGGGCAAAAUGACAGUGCAUCAGUGACUGGGCAAAAUGAUUUGGCAAAAGGAUCUGGAAAAAUGGCUUGGCAAAUUUGCUAGAUAAAAUGGCAAUUGAUACCAUAAAAAGGUAAAAAAAUGACAUCGGCCAGUUACUUUUAGAAAUUACAGGGGACACAGCGAACUGAUAAUAAUUUUGACUCGCAAAGAUAUAGGUGGACAUAUUAAUUGGUCAAAAUGACAUGGGACAGAGUAACUGGGUAAAUUGACGGAAGACGCAAUAAGUAGUGAAAAAACUAGCUUGGCAUAGAGGGAUAGAUAAUAAUUGGGUAAAAUGACUUGGGAUAGAGUGACAUGUAAACAUGACACAGAAGGAAGUGACUAAGUCAAAGGCUUUGGACAAACUAGUUGAAAUACAAUGGCAUGGUAUACAGUGACACGCUAAUCUUACAUGGAACACAGCGGCUGGGUAAAUGGCAUGUGUUAAUGUGACUGGUAAAAGAACAAGAGGUUCAAUGACUAGGUAGAGACGUCUUAGUAUGCUUCAGCCAGUUAAAAUAUAGGACAUGACACUUUUAUUAAGGUGUUCAUUUGUUUUUUUAAAACUGUUGAAUGAGGAGGGGACAAGUUAAUAGGUGGUGACAAAUUGAUAGAAGGAGACACAUUGAUAGGAGGAACACGUUGUUAGGAGGGAAACAGUUUAGAAGCGGGGAAAAGUUGAUAGGAUGGGAAAAUGGAUACGAGGGGACAAGUGAUUGGAAGGGACAAGUUGAUAGGAGGGGACACGAUGAUAGUAGGGGACAAGUUGAUUGGAAGGAUUACGAUGAUAGGAGGGACACUCUGAUAAUAGUGGACUCGUUGAUAAGGUGGAACAAGCUGUUCAGAGGAAACAAGUUGAUUGGGGUAACAUGAUGAGAAGAGGGUAUAUGAUGACAAAACGGGAAAAGCUGAUAGGAGAAAUAAGUUGAUAGGGGAAUAAGCUGAUAGAAAGGGACAAGUUGAUAGAAGGGGAUAGGUUUAUAGAAGCAGACAAGUUGAAAGGGGGAACUAACUGAUAAAAGAAGACAUUUGAUUGGUGGGGACACGUUGAUAGGAGGAGACAAUUUGAUAGGAGGGGAUAAGUUGAUAAGAGAGGAAAGAUUGAUAAGAGGCUACAAGUCAAAAGAUUAACAAGUUGAUGGAGGGACGACAAAUUGAUAGUAUUCGACAAUGUGAUUAGAGAUGAAAAGUUGAUAAAAGGGGACAAGUUGAUGGGAUGGACAAGUUAAUGGUAUAGGACACGUUGAUUGGAGGGGACAAGUUGAUAUAAUGUGACAAGUUGAAAGGAGCGGACAAUUAAUCGAAAAAGACAUGUUAAUAAGAGGAACCAAGUUUAUUGGAGAAGAACAGUCGUUAGCGGAAACAAGUUUUACAGGAGGGUCAAUUUCAUUGAAGAAAAAACUUGAUGGGAGCGGGAAGUUAUUAGGAUGGUAAAAGUUGAUAGGGGAACUAGUUGAUUGUAGAUGCCAAGUUGAUUGGUGGGUACAAGUUGAUAAAAGGAGACUUAGUGAUAGGGGGAACAAGUUGAUAAGAAAGAACAAAUUGAUAGGAGGGGAAAAGGUUGAUAGGAGCGGACAAGUUGAUAGGAAGGGUCAAGUUGAUAGAGGCAGACAACUUAAAAGGAGGUAACAAGUUGAUAGGAAGGGUCAAGUUGAUAGAGGCAGACAACUUAAAAGGAGGGAACACAUUAAUAGGAGGGGAUAAGUUGAUAAAGGCAACAAAUUGAUAAGAUGGUGCAUGUUGAUAGGAGAGAACAUGUUGAUAGGAGAAGAAAUUUUUUUAGAAAUAGACACGUUGAUAGAAUGGGACAAGUUGAUGUGUAAAAAUGUUGAUUAUCAAGGACAAUGGUAGAAUGGGACAAGUAAAUAGAAGGGGCCACGUUUAUAGAAGGUGAAAAGUUGAUAGGAGGGACAAAUUGAUAGAGGGCAAAUGUUGAUAGGAAGGACACCAUUGAAAAAGUGGGACUCGGUUAUAGGAGGGGACACACUAAUAGUUGGGGAUAAGUUGAUAGAUUGGGACACGUUGAUAGCAGGUGAGAAGUUGAUGAAUUAUGACAAGUUGAAAGGAGGGGACAUAUUGAUAGGAGGGGACCAUUCAUAGGAGGGGACAAUAUGAUUAGAGAAAAAUAGUUGAUAAGAGGGGACAUGUUGAUAGAAGGGUACAAGUUGUUAGGAGGGAAUAGUUGUUAGGAGUCGACUUUUUGAUUGGCGAGGACAAGUUGAUAUGAGCGGAAAAGUUGAUUAAAUGGGAGAAGUUGAUAGAAGGAGACAAGUUGAUAGUAGGGGACAAGUUGAUAGUCGGGGACAAGAAGAUAGGAGGGGACACGCUGAUAGGAGGACACAAUAUCAUAUGAGGGGUCAUGUCGAUAGAUAAGACAAGCUGAUAGGAAUUGAAAAAGUAAUACUAAGUCAUAUUUCGCGGUUGGUAACAAUACCUGUUGAAAUGACAGUCGCCAAGAUCAGCCAGCACAAGAGAGUGUUCAUGUUGGUUUAAUUUUCUCUUCACAAGAUCAGAUCUCCACGGCCAAAGAACAGCGCUAUGUUAGGUGCGUGUUUUGUGAUUGAAUUAUAUACAAACGAAUUUUAAUGUAGUGUCCCGAUCAUCCUAUUCAAACUCAAAUGUCUUGUGAGCGUCUACACAGUGAUGAGAGUAAUAAAAUCCCCAUUCUGGUCUUUUCAAGUUUUAAUUAAAUUUGACAUCUAAUUGCCUUGGUAAUAACUAUUGAGUGACCCACUUGAAUAACUACCUUUUGCAGCUAUCAGACGGCGCAAGGUGUCCUAUGUACAUGUUUCAUUGAUUUGUGUACGUGCUAGAAUUUGAUUGGAUGGAAAAAAUGGAUAGGAGGGGACAAGUUGAUAGGAGGGGACAAGUUGAUAGGAGGGGACAAGUUGAUCGGAGGGGAUUACUUGGAUUGAGGAAAUAUGUUGAUGGGGGAACAAGAUGAUUGGAGGGGACAAGAUAAUAGGAGGGAACAAGUUGAUAGGAGGGGACAAGUGGAGAGGAGGGGAGAAGUUGAUACAAGGGGACAAGUUGACAGUAAGGAACACGUUGGUAGGAAGGGACAAGUUGAUAUGAGGGGGCAAGUUAAUAGGAGGGGACAAGUUGAUAGCAGUGGACAAGUUGAUAGAAGGGUACAAGUUGAUAGGAGGGGAUUACUUGGAUUGAGGAAAUAUGUUGAUGGGGGAACAAGAUGAUAGGAGGGGACAAGUUGAUAGCAGUUGACACGUUGAUAAAAGGGGACAAGUUGAGAGAAGGGGACAAUUUGACAGAACGGAACACGUUGAUAGGAAGGGACAAGAGAUUUGAGGGGACAAGUUAAUAGGAGGGGACAAGUUGAUAGCAGUGGACAAGUUGAUAGAAGGGGACAAGUUGAUAGGAGGGGACAAGUGGAGAGGAGGGGAAAAGUUGAUAGAAGGGGACAAGUUGACAGUACGGGACACGUUGAUAGGAGGGGACAAGUUGAUAGGAGGGGACAAGUUAAUAGGAGGGGACAAUUGGGUAGCAGUGGACAAGUUGAUAGAAGGGGUCAAGUUGAUAGGAGGGGACUACUUGGAUUGAGGAAAUAUGUUGAUGAUAGGAGGGGAGAGGAUGAUACCUAAAUUUGCUCAAUGGCAUACUGAAUCUAAAAAUAGAGGAACCUUUGGGUACGUUUCUCAAGUCGUAACACGCACUUUGUACUUUCGGUGGACUAGGGUGGAUUAUUGUAAUACUACUACAAGUGUGUUAUAUCUACGUAGUUCACGUGUAAAAACAGAAGGCAACAUUUUUCAGUUAAUUCCCACACAAGACCGGCCCAUUCACAACAGUACAUGUGAGUCCACGACCAUAACCACAAGACAUCCCAACACAUGACAGGUGAACAGGCAGACAAGUGAACACAUAGAUCGAUGAAUACACAGACAAGUGAUCACACACAAGGUAGUGCCUACACAGACAAGUGAUCACACACAAGGGUAGUGUCCACACAGACAAAUGAUCACACACAAGGGUAGUGCCUACACAGAACAUUGAUGACAUUAACAAAUGAAUCCCCCACACACCAAUAUAAUCUAUUAUGCACCAACCUGAUCACGUGACUUACUCAGCCCAUAAAUUGUGCCGUCAAUAAAGUUGGUCCUUUGGGUUUCCAAAAGAUGGCGGAUCAAAUUGUGAUUGAAACGCUUUUUUUUAAAGUAAACAGUAACUUUGAAUGAGUGUAUGUGUGUUUGUGUUUGUGUGAAAGAUAACAAUUUAGAGAGAAAGAAAGAUUUGAGGGAGAUAUAAAAGGUUUGAAAGAGAGUGAACGAGAGAGAGAGAGGGAUGUGUAAUAGUCUGAGUGGAAGAGAGAGAGAGAUUAAAAGAACGUGUAAGUGAUGAUGAGUUAUAAUAAUGUAAAAGUCGAGAUUGAGAGAGGGUGAGAGAAAGAGAAAGGUUUAAGGAAAGAGAGGUUGAGAGUGUGAGGUUGAGAGAAGUUGAGAGAGUGAGAGAGGUUGAGAGAGAGAGAGGUUGAGGGAGUGAAAUGUUGAGAGAGAGGAUUUGAGAGAAAGAUUGAGAGAGUGAAGUUGAGAUUGAGAAUGAGGUUGAGAGAGAGGUUUCGAAAGAGUUUGAGAUAGAGAAUGAGAGAUAUGUUGAGAGAGAGGUUGAGAGACAGGUGAGAGAGAGAGAUAGUUUGAGAGAGGUGUUGAGAGCGAGAGGUUGAUAGAGAGUAUUGAGACUUACGUUGAAAGAGAGGUUUAGAGAGUGGUUGAGAGAGAGAUUGAGAGAGAGUUUUGAGAGAGAGGGGUUAAGAGGAAGAGAGGUUUAGAGAGAGGUUGAGAGAGAUGUUGAAAGAGAGUUUUAGAGAGAGGUUAAAAGACAGGUUCAGAGAGAGGUUAUAGAGGGAGAAUCUGAGAAUGACAAGUGCUGACGAGUGAGACAUAGCAAUCGUGACAGUGUUAAAGUUGUAUUGAGAGAUGUUGAGAGAGAGGUUGAAAGAGUGGUUGAGAGAGAUCUUGAAUGAAAAGUUGGUAGAGAGCUUGAGAGAGUAAGGUUUAGAGAGUGAGGUUGAGAGAGAGGUUUAGAGAGAGGUUGAGAGAGAUUGAGAGAGAGAAUGAGAGAGAGAAAGUUUGAGAGAGAGGAAAGAGAGACAGAAGUUAAAGGAGAGGUUUAGAGAAAGUUUGAGAUAGUAUUUGAGAGAAACGUUGCGAGAGACAUUGAUAUAGGGUAUAGAGAGAGAAUCUGAGAAUGACAAGUUACAACGAGUGAGACAGAGCAAUCAUGGCAGUGUCAAAGGUGUAUUGAGAUAGGUGGAAAGAGAUAUGGAGUGCGAUUAAAGAGAAAGAGAACGUAAAGAGUAUGUGUGAGAGAGAGAUUGAGAGAAAGUUUGAGAGCGGGGUUAAGAGAGAAGUUGAGAGAGAGAGAGAGAGGGGGGUUGAGAGAGUUAGUUUCAAUGUGAAUUUGAGUGAGAGGUUAAGAGAGAGAAGUUGGGAGAAAGGUUAAGAAAGUUGUUGAGAUAGAGGCUGAGAGAUAUUGAGAGAGAGGUUGAGAGAGAGCUUGAGAGAUGUGAACUUGAGAGAGAGGUUGAGAGAGAGAUUGUUAGAGUGAGAUUGAGAGUGGUGUUGAGAGAGAGAUUGUUAGAGUGAGAUUGAGGGUGGUGUUGAGAGAGAGAUUGUUAGAGUGAGAUUGAGAGUGAUGUUGAGGGAGAGAUUGUUAGAGUGAGAUUGAGGGUGGUGUUGAGAGAGAGAUUGUUAGAGUGAGAUUGAGAGUGGUGUUGAGAGAGAGAUUAUUAGAGUGAGAUUGAGAGUUGUGUUGAGAGAGAAAUUGUUAGAGUGAGAUUGAGGGUGGUGUUGAGAGAGACAUUGUUAGAGUGAGAUUGAGGGUGGUGUUGAGAGAGAGAUUGUUAGAGUGAGAUUAAGAGUGGUGUUGAGAAAGAGAUUGUUAGAGUUAGAUUGAGGGUGGUGUUGAGAGAGAGAUUGUUAGAGUGAGAUUGAGGGUGUUGUUGAGAGAGAGAUUGUUAGAGUGAGAUUGAGGGUGGUGUUGAGAGAGAGAUUGUUAGAGUGAGAUUGAGAGUGGUGUUGAGAGAGAGAUUGUUAGAGUGAGAUUGAGAGUGGUGUUGAGAGAGGGAUUGUUAGAGUGAGAUUGAGGGUGGUGUUGAGAGAGAGAUUGUUAGAGUGAGAUUGAGAGUGGUGUUGAGAGAGAGAUUGUUAGAGUGAGAUUGAGAGUGGUGUUGAGAGAGAGAGAUUGUUAGAGUGAGAUUGAGGGUUGUGUUGAGAGAGAGAUUGUUAGAGUGAGAUUGAGGGUGGUGUUGAGAGAGAUAUUGUUAGAGUGAGAUUGAGGGUGGUGUUGAGAGACAGAUUGUUAGAGUGAGAUUGAGGGUGGUGUUGAGAGAGAGAUUGUUAGAGUGAGAUUGAGAGUGGUGUUGAGAGAGAGAUUGUUAGAGUGAGAGUGAGGGUGGUGUUGAGAGAGAGAUUGUUAGAGUGAGAUUGAGGGUGGUGUUGAGAGAGAGAUUGUUAGAGUGAGAUUGAGGGUGGUGUUGAGAGAGAGAUUGUUAGAGUGAGAUUGAGGGUGGUGUUGAGAGAGAGAUUGUUAGAGUGAGAUUGAGGUUGGUGUUGAGAGAGAGAUUGUUAGAGUGAGAUUGAGGGUGGUGUUGAGAGAGAGAUUGUUAGAGUGAGAUUGAGAGUGGUGUUGAGAGAGAGAUUGUUAGAGUGAGAUUGAGAGUGGUGUUGAGAGAGAGCUUGAGAGUGAAUAUUUGAGAAUAAGAAGUGAUGCCGAGUGAGACAGAGAAAUAAUGAGAGUGUUAAAGAGAAAAUGAGAUUGUGGGAAAAAGAUAUGUGGAGAGGAAAAGAGAGAGAGAGAGAGAAAGUCAAGGAAAUUUGCGAGAGAGCAAUAGAAAGGGUGAGUGAGAGAAAAUAAAAGAGUUAAAUAAGAGAAAGAAAGUAAGAGGGAUAGAGUAAGAGAGAAUCACGUUAAAAUAUCUUUAAACUCAUGUAAUUCAAUAACGUGAAUGACAUUUAACUAUCUUUUGACCCAUGUACUAUAAUAAUGUCAAUGAUAUUUAAAUAUCUUUAGACACUUGCAAUUCCUUUCGUGUUGCUUUUCAAUGAAAUAAAAGAACAGGAAGAGGUGAGCUGAUGCUGGCAAUCUGCCCCCGAAAGCUUUAUUUGUAGGGUUGAUAUCCGGUGCAUUCCACGCGCUAGAUCUACUUGAUGUUUCAUUUCUCUCCUCUUAUUGGUACGGUGGAGAUUUUCUUACAGGGCGGGAACAUCAAGGGCCGCAACCGGUCAACAUCUGAUUUUGAUCACUCGACUUAAAAGAGCACACACUGACCAACUGGAUGAUGUGUUAUAGUCAGCACACACGUACAAGGAGGAUACACGUACAGACGAGACUACCGUAUAGUUAUGAUGCACGUACAGGCAGGACACACGUACAAUUAGCACGGACAAUAUCGAUUAAAUUUAAUGUUUAAAUCUUUUCAAUCAAAAAUCCAAGAUGGCUUCUCAAUGCUUUGUUUUGUUCAUUUAUGUCUUUGAGUUGCCUUGAUUUUUUAAAUGAAAUGACCAACAUCUUGCCGCAAACAGACGACAUAGUUGUAUUGGUUUUGGACUGCGAGUAUUCCAUUAUAAAAUAAUGGCCGCCGUCUUGGAUCGCUCUAUUAAAAUAACAAAAGAAAAUUAUUGAUUUUAUUUCUGGUCAAGACAUUAGAGCAUAAGUGCCGCCAAAACGAAAAAGGGCCAAAAUCUCGCAGUAUCGUGAUAGUACUGCAGCUUUACGGAUAGACAGAGGUCUAGUCAAUGUCAAGAAAGAUCUCUUUCUCACUAUCUCUCUUCCUAACCACCCCUCCCCCGACCCCAAUCUCUCACCAUCUUUCUCAUUCUCUCUCUCAUUUUUCUCUCACCCACUCUCGAUAGUACUUCGUCUCGCUCAUUCACUCCCUCUAUGGUUAUCUCAUUCUCUCUCUCUCUCUAUCUAUUAUCAUAUCUCUCAAUCUUCCUCUCUCUCUCAAUCACUCUAAGUUCUCUCUCACUUCAUCUCUUACUCACACUCCCUCUCUCUUAAACUUUUCUCCCUUUCCUUAUUUUAAUCCUCUCUCUUUCUCUCUCUCUUUCUCAAAAAUGUAUAUCUCCUUCAAUCUCUAUCUAAAUUGCUCUCUCUCUCUUAGACAAACACAAACUCAUGAAGAAUCAUCUCGACCGUGUGGUCAAUAGUUUAUGUGUUAAUUGUCUGUACACAUGCCAUUUGUCCGGGUGUGUUGUGGUGAAUGUUCGGAGACUCACGUAUCCAUCUUGUCAAGUGUCCGGUCUCCAGUAGGUAACUUAACUUAAACAUGUAUGUAGGGCACCAUGCGCCAUCUCGUAACUACAAAUCGAGGUUAUUCAAAUGGGCUCCUAAAAUGUAAUCACCACAGCCGCUAGGUGUCACAUUGGAUGGCAACUGAUCAAGUCCCAGAAGAGUUUAUUUUAUUUCAAUCAUCACUGUGCUAGGUGUCACAUUGGAUGGUAACUGAUCAAGACCCAGAAGAGGUGAUUUUAUUUCAAUCAUCACUGUGCUAGGUGUCACAUUGGAUGGCAACUGAUCAAAGCCCAGAAGGUGUUAUUUUAUUUCAAUCAUCACUGUGCUAGGUGUCACAUUGGAUGGCAACUGAUCAAAGCCAAGAAGGGGUGAUUUUAUUUCAAUCAUCACUGUGCUAGGUGUCACAUUGGAUGGCAACUGAUCAAAGCCCAGAAGGUGUUAUUUUAUUUCAAUCAUCACUGUGCUAGGUGUCACAUUGGAUGGCAACUGAUCAAAGCCCAGAAGGGGUUAUUUUAUUUCAAUCAUCACUGUGCUAGGUGUCACAUUGGAUGGCAACUGAUCAAGGCCCAGAAGAGGUCAUUUUAUUUCAAUCUUCACUGUGCUAGGUAUCACAUUGGAUGGCAACUGAUCAAAGCCAAGAAGGGGUGAUUUUAUUUCAAUCAUCACUGUGCUAGGUGUCACAUUGGAUGGCAACUGAUCGAGACACGGAAGAGGUAAUUUUAUUUCAAUCAUCACUGUGCAGACGCAAAUAAGACAUUUUUUGGAGAGAGGGUUUGAUCAAAACAAUAACCGUGUCACUGCCGACACGAGCAUAACAAUAACCGUGUCACUGCCGACACGAGCAAAACAAUAACCGUGUCACUGCCGACAUGAACAUAACAAUAACCGUGUCACUGCCGACAUGAACAAAACAAUAACCAUGUCACUGCCGACAUGUGCAUUGAAAUCUUCAAGAAUAAUAUUUUUUUCAACUGUCGGUGUGGAGGAGAUAACAGCGUUCAGGUCUUCAUAAAACGUAUCUAUUGUCUUUUCGGUGUUUUUCAUGGUGGGUACAUAGGCACUGACUAAAGUGGAAGGCUUCUUUCCAUGGCUGAAGAUGAGUUUCAACGUCAUGAUACAAUCAUUGAUACGUAUUGAUGAGCUGUUGAACUUGCGCACAAGAGAGGUUUUGAUACAAAGCCAACUCCAGCUUCUCGCCUUGCGUCUGGGUGGCAUCCGUCCGAGAAGAAAGAAUAGCCAAAAAGUUUUUUCUUUAGUUCAGCUGUGCAAGAGAGUCUGGCUUCACUUAGGGAGGUAAGUCUAUCUUGUAUCAGGUUAGUUCAUGGGAACUGAGCACUGUGCGUCAUUGACGUCUAUUUUUAGUGUCCCUGUCAAGCAGUGCGCGGAUGUUCCAUGCGGGAUUUUUAAGAUUUUAUCUUAGAUUUUACCAAGAAAAUUGGGUCACCGCAGAAUGCCUUUAGCAGGCAAGGUUGUGAGGGAGCAGGCCAUGUUUUGGGCACCUAUUCUAGACACUGAUUCAUGCAUUUAGGAGAGCAUGCCAUCACCAGAGGACUUGAGAUGAUGGGCGUUUGAGUCUGAUGACUUGCGUGGGUGACUUUGUUGAAAGUGAAGAAGAGUUGCAUAGUGUUAACCUCACUCUCUUGUACAGAUACACCUUGUCCUGUGGCAAGACUAAGUCAAGAUGACCGGAGCUGGUUACGGAUGCAGUUGAUUACCAAGAUGUUCCACGUGCCUCAUCUUGCUCUACACACCCUAUGAUGCGUUGCUGGUCUCCUCCGAAGGAUCCUUCGACGCCCAGGCCUCGCAUGCAGUAGGUAGGAAGUCUUAAUCACCGAGGGUUCGAGGCCCAUCAGUUAUACUCUGCUGAUUUACCCGGCUAGUGGAAGCCGUUGCCAAGGGUAUGACGGCUGUUGCAUGCUAACAGGUGCGGGGAUGCUCAGGUUAAAACUCUAGUUGUACCCAAACACUGAUGUCCUGUCACUUUGACCAGUCACUGAUGCCCUGUCAUUUAGCCUCAUUCACAAUGCCCCCAAAUUUACUCAAUCAUUGAUGCCCUGUUAUUUUCCACGUCCUUGAUGCUCUUUCAUUUAGCCUAGUCACUAAGGCCCUUUAAUGUUAACAAUUGAUGCCUGUCAUUUUGCCAAAUCACUGGUUACCUGUCACUUUGCCCUGUCACAGAUAUUCUUUACCUUUGCCCACUAACUGAUGCCCUUUAAUUUUACCCAGAGUCACUUAUGUUAUGUCAUUUAUCCCAGUCACAAAUUUAAUGUCUAUUUGCCCUUUUCACUUAUUUCCUGACACUUUGCCCAGUCACUAAUUCCCUUGCAUUUACUCCAGUCACUGAUGAUAUUUCACUUUAACCAGUCACUGAUGCCUUGUUACUUUGCCAAAUUACUGAUGCCAUGUCACUUUGCCCAGUCACUGAUGCCAUGUGUAACACAUGCUAUUUUAUUGGGAUAUUAGCAUGGUUAGCUCCUUUACUUCUACCUCCUGCCUUCAGGAUGCCGGCUUUUGUAAUGUAAUGCUUACUUCACUCUUUCACUCCUUAAGUCUAUCAGUCUGUCACACAAGAAGUAGAUAUCACUUUCCAGUUAAAUUCACAGUACUUUAUUAUAUCACUUUUCUACAACAAUAAUAAUAAUCCUUGCACAAAUAUCCAGGUAAUAGAAUCCAGGAUGCAAUUAUCUCACACAUAUAUAAAUAUAUAAUACUCCAUGGCAUGAUAGAAAAUUCACAUGACAGAAGUUAACCACGUCUUCACUUCGACAUGAGAGGUACUGCCGUGGUCACCCGAAACCUGCAGCUCACUUCCGUCGUACAAAAUAUAGUUUUAUUCUCUUUUCCCGUGAAAUAAUACACGUUAAUAGAGUUCACUAUUCAACUCUUGCCACCCCCCUGACUUAAAGGUUUCGUGUGCAAACAUGGUCUGUUACACCAUGUCACUUUGCCAAAUCAUAGUCACUGAUAUCCUGAAAAUUUGCCUAGUCACGGAUGCCCUGUCAUUUUAAAGACAUCAUAAUCACCUACGAUUUUAACUGUUACUGUCUUCAAGUCACUUUCAACAGGAUUGUAUCUCUUGAAAUUUUAGCCGAUCUCUGCAUUUCUUCUCAUUUCCUUUUUUUCAACCUGUCACUGCAUUCAUUUUAUAACAUUAUCCAUUUCCUUUUUUCCCACUUAAUUGUGUAGACCUGAGCAUGGUCCAGCGUGGAUAAGAUGACCAGAAAGAUGUGAUCAAGCGUGAGGUUGUCCAAAGUCCAGACACGAGUUGAGGUCAACCAAACAGUAUCUGUCAUUCCCACUCUCCUCUCCUAAUGCUAACAUUUCAGACAACACUAUUUAAAUAAUCAUACACUCUGAUGAUAUCCUCCAUGCACAUUAUACCCAAUCAUAAUGUUCAACGUGACUUUGAACAUUCAGACGGGGUAUACAUGGCUUGGCGUCGAACAUUAAAACUGUGUCUAAAUGGUGCGGCUUUGAACAGUCAAACUGCAUUCCGACUGGGUCUAAAUGGCGCGGCUUUGAACAGUCAAACUGCAUUCAGACUGGGUCUAAAUGGUGCGGCUUUGAACUGUCAAACUGCAAUCCGACUGGGUCUAAAUGGUGCGGCUUUGAACUGUCAAACUACAAUCCGACUGGGUCUAAUUCGGUGUGACUAUGAACAUUAAGUCUGGGUCUAAAUGGUGCAGUGGGGAAUAUUAAGAUUGGGUCUAAAUGGUGCGGUGUUGAAUAUUAAGAUUGGGUCUAAAUAGUGCGGUGUUGAAUAUUAAGAUUGGGUCUAAAUGGUGUGGCGUUGAAUAUUAAGAUUGGGUCUAAAUGGUGUGGCGUUGAAUAUUAAGAUUGGGUCUAAAUGGCGCGGUGUUGAAUAUUAAGAUUAGGUCUAAAUGGCGCGGUGUUGAAUACUAAGAUUGGGUCUAAAUAGCUCGGUGUUGAAUAUUAAGAUUGAGUCUAAAUGGUGUGGCUUUGAAUAUUAAGAUUGGAUCUAAAUGGUGUGGCGUUGAAUAUUAAGAUUGGGUCUAAAUGGUGUGGCGUUGAAUAUUAAGAUUGGGUCUAAAUGGCGUGGUGUUGAAUAUUAAGAUUAGGUCUAAAUGGCGCGGUGUUGAAUACUAAGAUUGGGUCUAAAUAGCUCGGUGUUGAAUAUUAAGAUUGAGUCUAAAUGGUGUGGCUUUGAAUAUUAAGAUUGGAUCUAAAUGGUGUGGCGUUGAAUAUUAAGAUUGGGUCUAAAUGGUGUGGCGUUGAAUAUUAAGUUUGGGUCUCAAUGGUGUGGCGUUGAAAAUUAAGAUUGGGUCUAAAUGGUGCGGUGUUAAAUAUUAAGAUUGGGUCUAAAUGGUGUGGCGUUGAAUAUUAAGAUGGGAUCUAAAUGGUAUGGCGUUGAAUAUUAAGAUUGGGUCUAAAUGGUGUGGAGUUGAAUAUUAAGAUUGGGUCUAAAUGGUAUGGCGUUGAAUGUUAAGAUUGGGUCUAAAUAGUGCGGUGUUGAAUAUUAAGAUUUUGUCUAAAUAGUGCGGUGUUGAAUAUUAAGAUUGGGUCUAAAUAGCUCGGUGUUGAAUAUUAAGAUUAAGUCUAAAUGGCGCGGCUUUGAAUAUUAAGAUUGGGUCUAAUGGUGUGGUGUUGAAUAUUAAGAUUGGGACUAAAUGGCGCGGUGUUGAAUAUUAAGAUUUGGUCUAAAUAGCUCGGUGUUGAAUAUUAAGAUUGGGUCCAAAUGGCGCGGCUUUGAAUAUUAAGAUUGGGUCUAAAUGGUGUUGCGUUGAAUAUUAAGAUUGGAUCUAAAUGGUGUGGCGUUGAAUAUUAAGAUUGGGUCUAAAUGGUGCGGUGUUGAAUAUUAAGAUUGGGUCCAAAUGGUAUGGCGUUGAAUAUUAAGAUUGGGUCUAAAUGGCACGGUGUUGAAUAUUAAGAUUGGAUCUAAAUGAUGUGGCGUUGAAUAUUAAGAUUGGGUCUAAAUGGCGCGGUGUUGAAUAUUAAGAUUGGAUCUAAAUGGUGUGGCGUUGAAUAUUAAUAUUGGGUCUAAAUGGUGCGGUGUUGAAUAUUAAGAUUGGAUCUAAAUGGUGUGGCGUUGAAUAUAAAGAUUGGAUCUAAAUGGUGUGGCGUUGAAUAUUAAGAUUGGGUCUAAAUGGCGCAGUGUUGAAUAUUAAGAUUGGAUCUAAAUGGCGCGGUGUUGAAUAUUAAGAUUGGGUCUAAAUGGUGUUGCGUUGAAUAUUAAGAUUGGGUCUAAAUGACGCGGCUUUGAAUAUUAAGAUUGGGUCUAAUGGUGUGGCGUUGAAUAUUAAGAUUGUGUUUAAUGGUGUGGCGUUGAACAUUUAGACGGGGUCUAAGUUAACAGAUUUUUUUUAUGUUUGCCUUACACACACACAAAUGACACAAAAGUGAAUUGGAAGGUCUUACAAUGCUGGAUAUCGUAAAUUAUAAUGAAGUCUGAAAAAGGUUUGUUUUUUAUUGUCUUUCCAGGGAGUUCUUAGAUACUUCCAAGGGAAUGGCAGCAAGAGUGGACAUACCUGCCCGCAUGGAAUGCUGCCCCUCAGAAACUCACUUGAUCCUCCUUCGUGGAGGCGUCUCACGAAACGGAAAGCUAUUGGAAAUCUACCGAGAAAAAAGACGCGAUGCAAAAAUUCUACCAGACAUCUUUGCAAAGCCGAUGUCCUCAAUCAACCUUGUCACUACAUCAAACACAAAUAUCAACCUGCGUCUUGGUGUGCGCAGAGGUUCAGCUACGUGUACGCCUUAUUGAGAGACUUUAACGUGUCGGAGAGCUUCCCGUUAGACUACAUCCGGGUUAAAUCCGGUUGCUCUUGCGAACUCAACGUGACCUUGCACGAGAAAAUUGACCUGCGCUAAAGGAAUCCCGACGGUGACAUGACAGUAGCCACAGCACUUAUCUUUGUUAUCUGUUGUAAUUUUUUUGUUGUUGACCUAUAUAAAUAGAUCACUUGCUAUUUAAACACUAUCACAAAAUGCAGACCGUCGCCAUAUUGCAAAGCUGAUUUAAAUCUACGGGAAUAGAAGCGGUUCACAGGACAGAAGCCGACUUCCAUCUCCAGACCUAUCACUAUAAUAGUGACUGCAUUUUAUUGACCAUGCUUCAAGAUGGUUAGACAUGUCUAAUAAAAUGGACAAUUUCGCUUUUUUUUUUUUUUUGUUUCUUGCUAGAAUUUAAAAAAAAGAAUACAUCUGAAAUAUUAAUUGAUAAAAUCAUUGUGUGUUGAGUUAUCUUACUUUGAAUUAUUUGUUUAAACUCAUAUUUACUCCAUGUUCUGAUUGUUUUAAACUUUUAUUUCACGAUAUUCUUAACAUCAGGUAUUGCAAAUAACUUUGAUUCAUGAUAAAUGUACACCACAGACAUGGAAGUAAUGGCUGCUUGUAGGUAAUAGCACAGGUCAUUGCAGCGUUUGUUUUAAAUGUGGUAAAUUAUAGAUUUGUAUUUUGUUGACUUUGUACCGCGCUUCGAGCCUUUGGGGAUGAAGCGUGUUUUUGAAAUGAACUUUAUUAUUAUUAUUAUUAUUUUAAACAACCCUAUAAAUGCAGAGCUUUUCUAAUCGUUCCAAUAAAUUGUCUUCAGUCCUUAGUAAAAGAUGUGUGAAAUAUUUUAAAACGGGUUUAGGCUGACACAUCAGGUCAGAUCGUAUUAAACAAGUUGUGCAUCAAACAUAACUGUGUACUCUCAAACACUGAAACAGAUAGGUUUACUACCAACAUUUUAUAAAAGUGUAUCAGUAUCAUAUAAUUUGAAAAUUUGCGCUCUACGAUCAAACAUAAAUAUGAUCGCACAUUUUCUUGCCAAUGAGUUAGUAAGCAAAUUGUUUUUAUUUGUUAUUUUACAAUAUCUGAUGCAAAUAUAUUCAUGAGGGAAUCAGUGCAAGAAUAAAGUCAAAUCUGGAGAAUGGUAAAGGGGUGGCUAAUAUAACAAUAAGGGUAACUCUUUGAUGGGUGUAGG